AUGGUUGAUGAGGAUUUCAGCCAAAUGUACCACCACCUUGGCAACUUACGCAAGGCUUGCAGACGAAGUGGAGUUGUUCUUCCAGAGAACGUCUAUGAUUCUUCGACCGAGAUUUUGACGGCACUUUCAGCAUCUCAUGGGGACGAAGAGGGCGCUUUGAAGUUACUGGCCGCAAAGCUCAGAGUAGGAACCAAGCGAGAACAUGCCGCGAUAGCGAAAACUGAUGACACCGAGAGGACUAUCGGUGAUGGUGGGGAGGAAACUCCCGUAGAUUUAGAAGAAGAUGAAGUUGACGAUAACAACACUGCCGAGCCGGAAGAAGAACCACCACGAAAGAUAUCCCGCUUGACUGAAGAUGUUCGCAAGGAACCAGCGGCUGUGUUUUCAAAUCAAGUUAUUGUGAACACAUUCGCCGAAUACGGUGAGCAGCAACUUCAUCGAGGACACACGGGUAAAGGGGUCGCCCAUCUACGAGCAGCACGUGCUAUUCGAGACUAUCCCUGCCCGAUCACGUCUGGUACUGAAGCUCGUGCUGUUCCCUUGGUUGGAUCCAAGAUGGCGACUCAGGUCGAGCAGAUUUUGAGCACUGGAAAGCUGGAAGAAAAGCCCAAGCUGGACGAUGCGGAAAAGCACAAUUUGCCUAAACUGGUUCACGAAGUGCACGAAGCUCCAGCAAAAUGCUCCGAAAACCAAAUUUUGGUUGAUGAACUCACCAAAUUCGGGGAACAUGAGCUCAAUUUCCGCAGUGUUAGUAAAGGUAUGACCCACCUUCGUGCAGCUCGAGAAUUACAGCUUACCGGUCACGUUAUCACUUCUGGAGAUCAAGCGCGUCGAGACGUACCGCUCGUUGGAUCGACAAUUGCCGACAAAAUCGAUCAGAUUCUUAAAUAUGGGCGAAUUGUCAAGGAUAUCCUAAUUGCUGGAAGAAAUAUUCAACCAGAUCUUAUUGCAGAGAAUCGUGCUGUACGACCUGAAAAUCGGUCCCUCGUCGAUGCAUUGACUGACUACGGUAGUAGUCACUUGCAUUCGGGUCAUGUUGGCAAGGGUGUGGCUCAUUUACGCGCUGCAUUGGCGAUUCGAGAUUCAGAAAUUGUGGUGACAUCGGGAAAGCAGGCGGCAGAGUCAAUCAAGUAUGUUGGAGCUCAGAUUGGAGCUAAGAUUGAUCAACUUUUGGAGCACGGUCACGCUGAUACUGACGAUGAUGUGGAUGACCAAGACGAGGAAGGAAGCGAGUUUGGCCAUCGUGAACCAUCUGGAACGCCACAAAUUGUGCACGAAGUGCGCAGUAAGCCAGCUCGAGUUCAAGGAAACCAAGAGAUUGUGGAUGCGCUUUCGGCGCAUGGAGAGAGACAGCUUGUCAAGUGGCACACUGGUCAAGGAACGGCUUUCAUGCGCGCAGCUCGACGGCUUCGUGAUGCUGCAGAGUUAGUGACAAGUGGAACUGUGGCCAAAGCGUUGGGAUGUAUCGGAAACAAGGUGGCCACAUUCAUCGAUGCUAUGACGUGUGAGUCGGCCGACGAGGCAGAAGAGAUCAUCGAAGAAGCGGAAAAGUAGGGACAACUAAGUUCGAUGGUGGGGGCAUUUGUUUGUUUUUUGUGUAAUUUUUCAAGAAAAAAACUCAUUGGGAA